AUGUCAGCCGCCCACGCCGCAAGUCGUGCGGAAAAUGCUGUUACGCAGUCGUCCCAAGAGGGAAAGUUCACUUUCUUGAUGUUCUUUCGCCAGAAAGAUGCAACCACAGACGCCAUGGCUGAUUCACUCAAGCAGAAUCUGGCCGACAGGGCGGAGGCAGCCACCAUCACGUAUGUGCAUGUUGGAGACCCAGCCGAACAAGCUCUAGUUCGCAAAUACGGGGUCGCUCGGGCCCCCAUGCCACUAACCAUCGCGCUGGCCCCCAAUGGUGCCAUUACUGCCAUCAGUCCCCGCCGUAUCGACGCGGCCAAGGUGAUUGAAGCUUUUGUAAGCCCUGCGAGUGCUGACUCGCUUAAGGCACUCCAGGCUCAAAAGUUGGUGUUCAUCGCUGUGCAAGAUGCUUACCACAGCGGUGAACCGAGCGCGAUCCAAGGCUUUGAGCAAGACCCUCAUUUCAAUCAACGCAUGGCCGUUGUCUCGCUGAAUACGUCCGACCCCAACGAACAGGGAUAUCUGGAAGACCUUCAACUCGGCACAGAUGCAUCCACUCGACCGGCCUUGGUGGUGCUCGCUCCUCCGGGAGUGGUGGUGGGCAAGUUCGCCGCCUCGGCCACGAAGAAUGAAAUCGCGGCCGCAAUCGCAAAGGCGGGAAAAUGCUGCGACGACCCAAAUUGCAAACCCACGGCCCUACUGACUGCCGCGGUGGCAAUUGUCUUAAGCGUGGCAGCGCUGAUCGCUAUUCGGCACAUCACAACGUUUUCUGAGCACGCGGUUGCUGGCCAGCUUGAGCAGUUGGGCGCCAAUAUCCUGAUUCUGCCCCAGGAAAGCACGCUUCAGAACUACUACGCGGCCGAUCUGACCGAACGCACACUCCCCGAAAGCCACGUCUUCACCAUUCUCUUGGAAGGUCUACCCGGGGUUGAGCAAUUAUCGCCAAGGCUUUGCGUAACUACAGAGGUGCAAGAUCGGGAAGUAACGCUCACCGGAAUCUUGCCGCAGAGCGAGUUCGAGGCCAGCGCCGCCUGGCAAUCCGUGGGAAUGUUCAACGACGAGCCCACGGGAUGCGGCCGAGCGAGUUGUGGAGCCAAGCAACUCGAUCAAUCGAAGGAGGCCCUCACCUCUCAGCGAGCCAUUGCCGAAUUGGCCGAUGAUGAGGUGGUCUUGGGUUCCGAUGUCGGUGAGAUAACCGGCUUGGUCGCAGGGCAACGGAUCAAACUUCACGGAGAACUGUUCAACAUCAGUGCCGUGCUGCCUUCUACUGGGACCGUGGACGACAGUCGUGUCUAUGCCCAUCUUCACACCGUGCAGCGACUGACGAAUGCCGGAGAAGUCGUCAAUGCCAUCGAGGUGAUUGGCUGCUGUGACGAUGCGGCCACGGAUCUAGUUCCGAAACUAUCCAGUCUGUUGCCCGACGCCAAAGUGGUCACCAUCUCUCAAAUCGUGGCCACCCAAGUAGGUGUGAACAAACUCCUACAGCAGAUCUCCGUGGUGGUCUUCGUAGUGUUGGUGGUGAUGGGCGGUGCAACCGUCGCUGGAACCAUUUCGGCCAACGUACGUGAGCGUCGUCGAGAGGUCGGCACCCUCAUGGCGAUCGGUGCAACACCUCGCCUGGUGACCUGGGUAUUCUUGUUGAAGGCCCUCUGGCUUGGCAUCGGCGGAGCUCUGUUAGGGGCAGUUCUCGGAGUGCUGACCGCCGUGAUAUUCGGGGGGGAUUGGGCCGGAUUGGCGAUUACACCAUUGCCUGGGUUGAUUGCCGGCGGGGUCGCGGCAGCCAUCGUAGUGACUGCGUGUGCAGCCUACUUGCCCGCCCGUCACGCCGCCAAACUGGUGCUCGCCUUUCAGGCAGAUCGACUGGAUAUCGCAUCGGGCGAAUACCUGGCAGUCGUUGGGCCCAGUGGAAGCGGGAAAACCACCUUGCUCUCGAUUCUAGGCGGGAUGCUUUCUCCGGAUGAGGGGCAAGUGCUUCUCGAGAACGUCGACCUAUACGGGCUCGAUCCGAUCGAACGCACCGAGCUUCGCCGGCAGCGAAUUGGCUUUGUGUUUCAGACUUUCAACCUGCUGCCCUACCUGAGUGCCGUAGAGAAUGUUCAGGUGCCCAUGUUUUUGGCCGGGGUUAUUCCCUCGGCUCAGCAGGAACGUGCCACAGAGUUGCUCGAACAACUCGGGCUUGGCAACCGACUGCAUCACAAACCCUGCGAACUGAGUACCGGCCAACAACAACGGGUUGCGCUUGCCCGAACUCUAAGCAAUAACCCCAAAGUGAUUCUGGCCGAUGAACCGACGGGAAACCUAGACCCCGAGAGUCGGGAGCACAUCCUCGAUCUGUUCGAUGGUUUCGUCGCCCAGGGACGCACGAUCGUGAUGGUGACUCACGAUACCAGUGCCGCGAAAAGAGCGGGUCGUUCGGUCCGUCUCGUCGAGGGAAAAAUCACCUCGGCAUCGUCCACAAAUACUCGAGUUGCGGCGUAG